GCCAGUAGAAUGUUUUGGGGUUAUGAAGAAAUGUAAAAUGUGAAAUUGGCGGGUAUUUUUUUUAUGUUAUUAAUGUUCCAACCUUCCAACAACUGUUAAAAUCAGAGCACUAUAAAACUAAAACAGGAUAAUUGUGAAUUGGUAUAAUGUAUCACUUCUUGGGCACUCAUCGUCUGGCAGAGACUCUCAGAGACGCCGCCAAGAUCGAUCCCCACGCUCCGUCGACAUGCAAAAUGGCAACUCCUGAAAAGAAAUAUAGUCGCAAUCGAUGUUCGUUCACCGGCUGUGGAAGAAGUAAGGCAUCUCAUCCAAAGUUAAGAUUUUUUUCCUUCCCUGUAACAAGACCAGCUAUUUGCGAGAUGUGGAUUACUAAUUGUCAAAAUGAAAAAUUAGAUACCUGCACAAAAAAAACUUUAAACAAGAGAGUGGUUUGUGAAAUACACUUCGAAGAUGACUCUUAUUUGAGUACACUGAAAACCCGAUUACAUGCAUGUGCCGUCCCAACACUACUGUCUCCGAUAGAAGAAACGCCUUCCGACAAUUUGCAAACAGACAAAGAAUGUGACUCAGUACACGAUGGACAGAUUGGAGCCAACGUCGAGAAAACCCCAGACACACAUACAAGUCAACAUCAUAUUGAAGACGAGAUUAUCGCUAGUUCCUCUCCUAGAGAAUUAUUUGCCGACCAAACGUCACCAAAAACUCUCCAGACUCCUUUAUACAAAAAAUUUAAAAGUGUUCGGGGACGCCAGGAAACACCAAAAAAAAGUUUUUCUCCAGGAGAAAGUAAACUGGCUAAAAAACUUAAAGCCUUACAAAAAACUAAUAAGAUGUACCGACAGAGGCUCUACAGAUUAAAAAAUAAAGAUAAGGUUCUUACUAAGGACGAUAUUAUGGAUGCUAUUAAGGAUAUGCUACCAGAUAAGGUGUCGAAAUUCUUUUGCAUGCAGCUAAAGCAUGCUGGCGCAAACAAGCUGCCAUGGGCCGAGGAAGAGAUGCAACAAGCUUUGGCCAUGAGAUACAAAUCACCGGCCCUCUAUGAACAGAUGAGGAACGAUGGGUUUGCCUUGCCAAGCCCCUCUACCAUCCAAAGAUGGUUAAAUGACCAACCAAAUCAUGAGAGAUGAUGGCUUAAAACUUGAAGUUAUAAAGCUGAAGAUUGAGCUUGAAGGUUGAAGCUAUAAAGUUGGUCCAUAUGGAUGAGACGAACAUACUUCAGUAUACAAAAUUCAAUGAUUAAGCUAUUAUGCCUACACAGCUGAUGAUGGGGUUCUGAACAAAUACGGUUUUUGAGCUGGUUUACACAACCCGUCAACAUAGAUGGUUAAGGUAAUUAAAUAAUUUUUUGAAACAAAGUGAUAUGUAUACAGGGGCGGCUCCAGAGGGUAGGCCUGGGCCUGCCCAAAAUUUUGGUAGAUUUUUCAAAAUUAUAAAUAAGUAUAGAAAUUUUAUUAUAUGUAAAUAAAGGAAAAGCAUUCAAACUAAUUAUUUUGCAUUUAAAGUUUUAAAUUCCUUCCUUUUUGCGGGGAAAGCCUUCAAACCUCUCGUCCCCAAUCAAACUCUUUCUUGAUCUUUGUAAGGCCUGCCCAAAAAAAUAUUCCUGGAGCCGCCCCUGUAUGUAUAUGAGUACUAUGGUGAUGCAAAAAAAGGAAAUGUGUAAUGUUCCAUAGUCAAUGUAAAUACAAACAGUUUGUGGCUACAAGGAUGUUUUAAUUCUGGUUUCAUAGUCUGAUGCAAAGCAAAUUAAAGUCACUAGUAGCUUAUUAAAGAACUAAAAGUAAAUACAACAAAAUAAAUUCUCACCCGCCUCAUUUUGAAGAUGUAUGGCUUGCGUCGGCCGACCAUGUGACGUAUGAUCACUGUAGUCUCAGGGUCGUUGCUACAGCUGAUCACGGUAUUGUUGUCACUGAAGUACUCCACUUUAGUCACUUCGUUUUUGUGAACCCCGUAUUCUGUUUGAAUGGUCACCCAGUCCCUUUGGGACUCUAGCUCCUGUGAAAAACUCAAGUGUUGAAGAGGAAAAAUUGUUAUUACACUAUUAGGUGUAGUUUUGAUUGUAUACAAGAUUCAACUAUGAAAAAAUACAUUUUUUAGAACAUUUUGUUGCAAUUGUUGAAUAUUCAACAUAUAUUUGAAGAUUGUUUACUCAAUAUGUAAAAAAAUAAAAAU